AUGCCCUCCUAUUUUUAUCGCAUUUGCCUGGAACUUUUCUGUGAGAAUUCUUCAAGUAACUUGCUUACGGUUGAGGCCAUUUGCGAGUCUUUGAAUCCCUUCUCCAGAAAGCAACUCAACUCCAAAAAAAGCGCCCCAAAUAACAGGUCAGCUCCAACCAGGAUUAACCAGAACUUAAAAAGUAGUGAGUUGUAUCCAGCAAAAGACUACAACAGCUCAGUCACAAACGCUCCCCGUCAAUGUCUACCUGCAGGGGAACCUUCCCGCUCCCACAAUUAUCUGCAGCGAGUCGAACACGCGCCAGUGAACUAUUCUACAUCUGGCGGCAAAGAAACAUCUCCUGCUUCUCCCUUCCUUACGUCUCUAGCGCGCCAGACUUGUGAUAGACGCGUCGAUACCAUAUCUGUUGAAGGCAUCGAUAUGGUUCUAGAGAAGGCUCACCUGCCUGAUCGAAGCAGUGGCCCCGACAACAAUCAGAUAGCCAAAGGGAUUGGGUCAAGGGCAAUUGGAGGUCUCGCUACAAAAGGGAAAUAUGUACCUCUUGAUCACAAGGUCCCCAAUAGUGUGUGGGGUAUCGUUCACCUAUAUCGCGAUGGGGACCCUUCUCCAGAGCUCUGCGGUAACGAUGAUGACCCUUAUUUUCUCAAAGGAUCUUCGGUAGCGCGGAACACGAGCGUGUCGUCUCCAAGAAUCAAAAAGAGCCAAGGGAGUACCUUUGGGGAUGAAAGUUCAGAUCCAUCUCUGUCAGCAGAGGAUUGCACUACUUUGUGUAUUCUAGCCGUUCCUUCGUACAUGUCACCGCCGGAUUUCAUAGGUUGGGUUGGGCAAGAAACAAAGAGCGAAGUCAGUCAUUUCCGGAUGAUUCGAACAGAAAGACGGAAUCGAUAUAUGGUGUUAAUGAAAUUUCGAAGUGGACGCAAGGCGAGGGAGUGGCAGAAGGAUUGGAAUGGUAAGGUAUUCAAUAGCACAGAGCCCGAAACGUGCCACGUUGUAUUUGUAAAAGAUGUCGAGAUCCAGACUCCCACAACGUCACCCGAAGGCCGAUUCCCAGACACGAACCACGACCCCUUCACCCCUCAGGCCUAUGCCAGCACCGUAGCGACCGCCUCUUUAUCUAUAAAACCCCUUGCUCCGCCUACGCCGUCGCUAAUUGAGCUGCCAACAUGCCCUGUUUGUCUUGAGCGCAUGGAUGAAACUAGCGGGCUCCUUACAAUUAUCUGCCAACACGUAUUCCAUUGCACCUGUCUCCAGAAAUGGAAAGGUAGCGGUUGUCCUGUGUGCCGAUAUACACAAGAAGACUUAGGAAAGCGUGCCUUCAAUUUUGGCCUUGACGAAGGACCGGCAGAAUGUAGCGUGUGUCAUGCUGAGGAGAACCUGUGGAUUUGUUUGAUAUGUGGUAAUAUCGGAUGUGGAAGAUACGAUGGUGCACAUGCGUUCGCUCACUUUCAGGAGACUUCUCAUUCUUUUGCCAUGGACUUGUCAUCACAACGGGUCUGGGACUACGUUGGAGAUGGUUAUGUCCAUCGAAUCAUUCAAAAUAAGGCCGAUGGAAAACUCUUGGAAUUGCCUGCCGCUGACAACAGUGCCCUUGAUCCGCCAGACUGGGCCGAUGCUGUUCCCCGAGAAAAAUGGGAGAAUAUGAGUGUGGAGUAUACCCAUCUCCUUACGAGCCAACUUGAAAGCCAGCGUACAUAUUUCGAAGAGAAAGUUGAACGCGCUGCGGAUAAAGCAUCACAGGCUAGCGCGGCCGCCCUUGCGGCGCAAGAAGCUGCCGAAAAAUUGGCCAAACGCUUAGAGGCGUUACAAUGUGACCACGACGCCCUUGUAAAGGAGACGGUCCCGGUUCUAGAAAAGGAGAAAGACCGAGCUGAACGACGCGCAGACAAGUUUGAGUCUUUGGCUCGCAAGAUGGAGAAAGAAUAUCGGGAGGAGAAGACGAUCAAUACCAGCUUAAUGGAACGGGUGGAUUACUUGACCGCCGAAGUCGAGAAACUCAAGGCAGCCAACGAGGACCUCGCUGAGCAGAAUCGUGACCUCACAUUUUUCAUCAGUGGAUCGGAAAAGCUAAAGGAUCAGGGGGAGGAUGUUGUCGAAGGCACGGUUAGCGUACCGGAGCCGUCGAAGGCUGGAAAGAAAAAGAAAGGAAAAGGGAAGAAGUGA